GGCUUGCGGAUUGGGAUAAUCUGUGAAGGAACCACUAAUUUUCAAUCUACAUGGAUCCGAAUUUUCUCGGGAAAAUUUUCUUCCCAGAAUUUUCUCUCCGUUAUCCUCUGCCUUCUAAUUGGAAGCAAAUAUUUUAUAUCUACUUUCCCAGUUGACGGAUUCCCUCAAGUAUCUUCCCCGGAAUCUUUGUUCAUUUGGCCAUGAGUUCUUGAGAUUUUAUCAAUGAACUUGGAAUUUCUUCGUAAUAUGUCCUGGUUUAGGGCCCAAAGAAGCAAUGAUUUGGGUCCAAUUCUUAAACCUUCUAGCGCCGUUGUGGAGCAAGGCCAUCAACAUACUUGUUUCGAUAUCAGGAUAUGGGGAUUUUCCCUACUUUCACUUCUUCCUUGGGAAACUAAUGCCAAUGCCAAUGCUCGGGAGGAUAUCAUUCUAACAAAAACAACUAUUAAUCGGAACUUGAAAAGGCAAGUGAAACGUGGGAGAGCAAUUGAGAACCGUGGUGGAGAAACCCCUUUACGGUUCAAACCAUAUGUGUGUAAAGUUCCAUGGCAUACGGGUGUAAGAGCUUUUCUUUCUCAGCUGUUUCCACGUUAUGGACAUUACUGUGGUCCGAAUUGGUCUAGCGGGAAAGACAAUGGUUCUCUUGUUUGGGAUAAACGACCAAUCGAUUGGUUGGAUUUUUGUUGUUAUUGCCACGAUAUUGGUUACGAUACUCAUAAUCAAGCAGAGUUGUUAAAGGCUGAUUUGGCAUUUCUCGAGUGCUUAGAAAGGCCUAAUAUGGUCACUAAAGGAGAUGCUCAUGUUGCUACUGUUUAUCGAACCAUGUGUGUCACAGGUCUGAAGAAUUUGCUAAUUCCUUACAGAAGGCAACUUAUUCAGCUUCAGACUUUCCCUUACCAACCUGCAAUUCAGUUUGGAUGGCUUAGCAAUGUGAAAUGGUUUAGUUGGAACUGGCAAAGAGCUGAACAAAAGCAUCCCAAAAUGUGAUGGGUACUCAGUAGGUACCGUACGACUAUGAGCCAUUUCUCUUCAUCGCGGUGUUUUACCCAAGCAUCCAUCUCCUGUAUAUAUAUAUAUAUAUAUAUAUAUAAUCCCAUUGGCUUAUUGUGUAGUACAUACAUGUACAUUGGUGAGUUUCAAAUUUCUGGUAACUGCUAGGGCUAACAUGUAUGCUACCAUAGGAAUCCUUGUGUAUGGACUAUUGGCAAAGGCUUCUGUGAAUUCCUUGCUACCUAAGUAAGAAUCUCUUAGUGAAAUGAAAAUUGAGAAUCAUGGUACUAUCUUGUUUGAAUAUUAUCACACCAUGCUGCUCCAUAUGUGUGAAUAUGUUAAUAUUUGUCACUAUCAACAUUUUUUAAGGGAUCCAUGUGGUUUUUUUUACAUAUGUAACAGUAGUAAGUACUCUAUUUGUUUCCCAA